AGUCCGAGAUCUCAGCCUGACUUGUAGGUCGCCAUAGCUGGUGCUUCAGCUGCUGAGCUGUACGGUAAACGUUGCUUACUGGCAGAUAUGGCUAAAGUGGAGCUUGCACCAUUUAGACCCUGGGAUGAUUUCUUUCCCGGUCCUGAUCGAUUCGCCAAGCCUGACCUCGCCGAUUUAGCCAAGUGGAACAACAGGGUGAUCAACAACCUUUUAUACUACCAGACAAAUUAUUUCCUGGUGGCCAUUGUGUUUUUUCUGAUUGUGGGGUUUUUGAAUCCCAUUGGCAUGGUGCUGGGAGGGGCAGUGGUCUCCCUGGUGUUUGUGGGCUCAGUGUGGGCAGCGGAAAACAAGUCUGUCGUGAAGAACUUCAAGAAGAAAAACCCCAUGCUGUUUGUCAUCGCCGUGCUGGGAGCCAGCUACAUGCUCUUGUCCCUGUGUGAGGGAGUGAUGGUCUUUGUCUUUGGCAUAACUUUCCCACUGCUAAUAAUCCUAGCCCACGCUUCUCUGCGCCUGAGGAACAUGAAGAACAAGCUGGAGAACAGAAUAGAGGGAGUGGGCCUGAAGAAGACCCCCAUGGGAAUCAUCCUAGAUGCUCUGGACCAACAAGAAGAGAGGAUCAACAAGAUCCAGGACUACCUGGAGACAAAGCUAAACCGGUGAUGUGGACGUUGAGGCCGAUGGGUUGUAUCAGGAAGCCAACCCUCACUCACUGCGUCUCCACUGCGUUUUACAAAAGCUAACCCUAGUCUACCGUUUCGGAAUUAAAUGUAAAUCCCGCAAAACCGAAAUAUAUUAACAUUCUAUGUAUUUGCAUAAAAAGUCAUGGUUAUGCAGAUUGGUCAAGAAAGUUACAUAUUAUACUAGAAGGAAUCUAAUUGAAUUUAACAGGCAGACGUCGGUGUCUUUUAGUUUUAAACCUAACAGAAGUUUGAUUGCACAUAUUCUGAAUGCCAGGUGCUGCAUUCCUCUGUUAGAAGUUGGGUGUAUGUUUGCUUUAUGAAGUUUUUGGGUGGCACUGGAAUUUUGUGGUUGUUUAUUUCUUUUCUUUUAUAUCAGUUUUUCCCAAUGUAACAUGGUAACAUGCUGACAUUCUAUGACUUGGACUGGACUUAGAAUAGAUGAUACAGACACAGUGCUUUGUGGCUCAAUAUACAUGGCUGAUGAUUUGUCAGCCAUGGCUGUUUACUGCACUCCCGCCCUGUCAGAUGUCUGAUUGAAUUAGACCCACAUUGUCCGUUAACCGAAUCUGGGCGCAAAUUGAUGUGUACAUUUAUUUUGACCUUCAGCACUUAUUUUUCAUCAGUAACUUUUUGCCUUUUCUUAUGUUAAUGAUGAGUUUUUAAUGUAUUUGUUAGAAAUUAGCAAUAAGUUCCUUCAUUAUCUUCACAUCCAAAGGAAAAGCUGCAGCUAGCCUAUGGCUGCAGUUUGUGAGAAUUAAUGAAUAACGUUUAUACGUGGAGCGUAUGUGGCAAUCUGGGUGUUUGCUUGUUGUGUCAGACUUUGUUUUGCAGAUGGUCAUGAGUCUUGUCUUUUCUUUGAGCACACAAAGCCAUGUAAAGUAUGCAAAGUAUUAUAUGCACCUGUUUUUUUUUGUGUGUGGGAAAGAGGGCUAGCUGCUCAUAUGCUGGUAAGGUUAUGUAACUGAAUCCCUUUGUAUCGCAUUGACCUGUGAUGAUGCAGUCCCUUGCACUUUUAAAGGCUUUCAUGGAUAGCAAUGCAUAGCAUGUUGCCUGAGUUUACCACCAUAAUUGCAUGCUGAGGUAUUUACUUGCAGUCUUUUUUUUUUAAAUUAGGUUUAUAUGUACUUCAAGUAAAUAAAAAAAAUAUAUAGAAUUUAAUAGUAAACCUGGAAGGAGGGGAAGGUGAAACUGA